UACUUGUGGCCCAGGUCUGGCAAACAGGAACAGGCCAUUAUUCUACCCGGGAUAUGAGCCAAAACCAUAUAAGAUAUUCUGGACUCAUGGUUGAACUUGAAUGCACCCCCCUCUCCUCCAGUAGCUGUAUCUAGUGUCGGUCCCUGAACGCAUCACUCCGGUUCUUCACCCCCAGCAGCAGCGGUGCCUCGACCCGGACUAGGAGCCAGACAUGCCGGUGGACCUGAGCCAGUGGAGCGGUCCUCUUGCUCUGCAGGAGGUGGAGGAGAAGCCUGCCCGGGUCCUGACGAUGAAAUACGGAUCCGUGGAGGUGGACGAGCUCGGCAAAGUGCUGACACCCACACAGGUGCAGAACCGACCAACGUGCAUCGAGUGGGACGGAUGUGACCCGGGUAAGAUGUUCACUCUGGCCCUGACCGACCCGGAUGCUCCCAGCAGGAAGGACCCCAAGUUCAGGGAGUGGCAUCACUUCCUGGUUGUCAACAUGAAGGGCAACGACGUGUCCUCUGGCUGCGUCAUGUCCGACUACGUGGGCUCUGGACCGCCCAAAGGCACAGGUCUGCACAGGUACGUGUGGCUGGUGUACGAGCAGCCCGGCAGCAUCUCCUGCUCCGAGGACGUUCUCACCAACCGCUGCGGAGACGGCCGCGGGAAGUUCAAGCUCCAGAGCUUCAGGCAGAAGUACGAGCUGGGCGCCCCGGUGGCCGGGACCUGUUACCAGGCCGAGUGGGACGAAUACGUCCCCAAGCUGUACGAGCAGCUGGCUGGGAAAUAAGAGAAGUGAACAAGACUCUGCCUGCACUAGGAGUUCAUGUGGAGGAGGACGCUCUGCAGGAAGCUCCCGUUCUCACAAGUGGCAAAAAGAAGAACAACCAUUAACAGUAUUUUGCUUUUUUGUUAGUGCCACUGAAUAAUAUUUUCUUUUCCCACUGUUGCCUUCCCACGCUGUGACACAAAUACCAGUGAUGUCACCUGAUUGUCUGCAAUAAACCAGUUCAACACUGA